AAGGGGUAGCAGGCACCUAUCCUUAACCCUUUACCAAACCCAUGAAGAAUAUAUAUAUAUGUAUAGAUGAGCCAAUAUGUCCAGAAUGUCCGUAACUUUUUCGUAGUUACACUGAUCUUGAAAUCUUUGACAAAUUAAAACAAACCAAAAUGAAAGACAAAAGUAUUCAUUUCUACCUCUGCUUUCUUCUCCUUUUUUCCUCUGUUCAUUCUUUUGUUGAGAGCUUCAAUGAAGCAGAGGACAUCAAAAGAUCACAAUUCCCAGAUGGUUUCUUCUUUGGAACAUCCACUUCUUCAUACCAAAUUGAAGGAGCAAUUCUUGAAGAUGGUAAGAGUCUCAGCAACUGGGAUGUUUUCACUCGCAUUCAAGGUGGCCAAAGAAAUGGAGCAAAUGGAGAUGUAGCCAAUGAUCAUUAUCGCCGCUACUUGGAGGACAUUGAGUUAGUGCAGUCAUUGGGGGUCAAUGCUUACAGAUUCUCAAUCUCAUGGGCCAGAGUUCUACCUAGAGGUAGAUUUGGAGAAGUCAAUCCAACUGGUAUCAUGUUCUAUAACAAAAUCAUUGACAAUCUUUUGCUCAAAGGAAUUGAGCCAUUUGUGACGAUAAAUCAUAAUGACUUCCCUCAAGAACUUGAGGACAGAUAUGGGUCUUGGCUCAGUCCUCUUAUGCAGGAAGAUUUUGUGCAUUUUGCGGAAACUUGUUUCAAGAACUUUGGGGAUCGAGUGAAGUACUGGAUCACAAUCAACGAGCCGAACUUAUUUGUAGAAAGCGCCUACUUGCAGGGAUCAUUUCCACCGGCUCAUUGUUCUGAACCUCAUAGCAACUGUUCAGCUGGAAAUCCUAACACGGAGCAUCUUAUUGCAAUGCACAACAUGUUACUGUCACAUGCCAAGGCUGCCAAGCUCUACCAUGAGCAUUUUCAGCCAAAACACGGUGGAUUCAUAGGAAUCGUGGCGUGUGCAUUCAUGUACGAGCCACUGACAGACAAUGAAUUUGAUAAUGAAGCUGCAAGAAGGGCCUUGGCUUUUGAUUUGGCCUGGAUAUUUGAUCCCCUAGUAUUUGGAGAUUAUCCUCCAGAAAUGCGGCGUUACCAAGGAAAUGAAUUACCCAGAUUCUCUGCAGAGGAAAGGAUGUUUAUAAAAGGCAGUAUUGACUUCAUCGGCAUUAACCAUUACUCAACUUUUUAUGCCAAGGACUGCAUUCAUUCUAGUUGCAAACUUGAAGGGAAUGAUCAUAUCAUGGGGUUUUCCUAUAUUACCGGGGAACGCAAUGGUGUUCCAAUUGGAGAACCGACUGGGAUGGACGGUUUGUACAUAGUUCCAAGAGGCAUGGAGAAGAUCAUCGAUUAUCUUAAGAAAAGAUACCAUAACAAGCCUAUAUUUGUGCUUGAAAAUGGGUAUGCUCAACAACGACAAGGUAUUGCAGUGCAAGACUUGCUACAUGAUGUGAAGCGAAUCGAAUUUCACAAAGCAUACCUUUCUUCCUUGGCCACAGCAAUCAGGAAUGGAGCCGAUGUACGUGGAUAUUUCAUAUGGACAUUGAUGGAUGACUUCGAAUGGCUAAAUGGUUAUAGCAUCGCAUUUGGACUUUAUUAUGUCGAUCGACCAACCCUAAGACGUAUACCAAAGCUAUCUGCCAAAUGGUAUACGGAUUUUCUAACAAACAGUACUAUUACUGGGCCUACUAGCCUCCAAGAUAGGGUUGUAAUGGUGAAUAGAACAAGUUCAUUGAGACAAAAAAUAUUAUACUCACAAGAUUAAAUACCAAACUGGCACCAAUGUAAUUAGAUUCCAACGUUGUAUAUUGUUUGUUUGUGAAGAUGUAUACUAAAUUAUUUUGUAGUUUCCUUCGAAUUUCAAGUUUAUUUAUUUAUUUUAUUUUUU